AUGCAGGCGAUGCAGGCGAUGGAGAUGAGCCUGGCGCAUGUCGACGGGAACACGUUGAUGAAGUGCAUGCAGACAUGCAGGUCCAUGCGCUCCUGGAUCAUGAGUGAUGAAUCGGAGAAUCAAUGGAUGAACGCGUGUUUGUGCGAUUACGCUUUCACCGACAAGCGGCUGCCUUUGGAGAGUAUGGGGAAUGCUGCUACACACAGGAGCAAGGAAGACCUUUCCUAUUUGAGGCGCGCGGCCCAUAGUUGGGUUGCAAUCUCUGAUUGGCUGAAAAAGAACGCCCCUCCGAUGCAUGCAACGCUGAUGCCCGGGGUGAAACGGGAAGAGAUGGAGAAAUUUGAGGGUGGAGGCACACUUCCUUCAGCACUGAAAGCGAUGUUCUCUUCGAUGGAUAGAUACCGGAUCCACAACGGGCAAGAUCCGAGAAGAGCAGCCAUAGACAUAGCAAGAGACGAUUCCACCUUUUUUGGCUUGUUUGGAGGCUACAAUUUUUAUGACCAUGUUAUCAACUUGCGCAUGUUGUCGCUUGAAGUGGGGUUGAAUCUUGCAGAACAGCAAGCAGCGUCCUUCUCGUUCUCUGAGAAUGCCGGAUACCUCAGGACAAAGUCGGAUCCCCAAGAUGCUGGCGUGCUGAAGUGGUUCGAAGACUUUGCUGCUCGUGUGGCUGCUCAGAACUUUGAGUUCAAGCCAAUCGUCCCCGCAGCUCCAUUGCUGGGCCUCAGCCUCUAUCCCCGUUGCCCUCCUACUGGUGGAGAAGCAACGACGCAGAGCAUCAGGAUCCGGGGUUCUUCGAUCUUUGUGCCCGAGAAGACUAGAAUCAACUACUGGUUCACCUACUGCUUCAGGAUGUCGGCCGUUGCUGCUCUUCCGGCUGAGUGGGGAGGAACAUGCCAACUCGUAACGAGGCAUCUUGUGUUCAGUGAUAGCAUCAGCGAAUCUCCCAACAUAGUGGAUGGCGAGGGCGUGAUCGGCGACUUUCCUAUCCUCAAGUUUGGACGGCACCAGCGAUCUACUGGCCAACCAGAGCAAGAAGGAGAGUACGAGUACGCCAGCUGUACAGGCGUUGACAGCGACCUCGGAGAAGUGUCAGGGUCCUUCAGAUUCGUCCCCGGAACUAUCAAGGCGCCCAAGGGCCCUCCGUUUGACGUCAAAAUCCCUAAUAUCAAGCUAAUUGUCCCUGACUACAUCUCCUAG